AUGACUGCUUCAUCCUCUGCUGUAAAUCAAGAUCAAGAGUUAUCCCGUCUUUUGCACGGAAAGAAUGCUGAGAAUAAAACCGGACUUUCUGCUAUUGCUUCCAAAGAUCUUAAUCAGCAAAAAAAAAAGCUCGCGGAAUACUUUCAAUACUGGGAUAAAAAUUACAACGAUGAAUCUCAAGGUGACCUUGAUAAUCGUGUGAGUGAAUAUAAGAAGUUGGUCAACAACUAUUAUGACUUGGCUACCGAUUUGUAUGAAUAUGGCUGGUGCCAAAGCUUCCAUUUCUCUCGUUUUUAUAAAGGAGAAGCUUUUGCCCAAAGUAUCGCUCGACACGAACAUUAUUUAGCUCAUCGUAUGGGGAUCAGUGCCAACUCUCGCGUUUUAGACGUUGGUUGUGGUGUUGGUGGUCCUGCUCGAGAAAUCACUGAAUUUACUGGAUGUAAUUUAGUCGGUUUAAACAAUAAUGAUUAUCAAAUUUCUCGAGCCGUUAAUUAUGCUAUCAAACGAAACCUAGACAAGAAGCAAGUUUUCGUGAAGGGUGAUUUUAUGAAGAUGCCUUUUGAUGACAAUACAUUUGAUUAUGUCUAUGCCAUUGAAGCAACUGUUCAUGCUCCUAGUUUGGAAGGAGUUUAUAGUGAAAUCUUCCGCGUUCUUAAACCAGGCGGUGUUUUCGGUGUCUAUGAGUGGGUCAUGUCUGAUGACUAUGAUAGCUCUAAUCCAGAACACCGUAGAGUUGCUUACAACAUCGAAGUUGGAGAUGGCAUUCCUAAGAUGGUACGCAAAUGUGAUGCUUUAGAGGCCAUUAAUAAAGCCGGGUUUGAGCUCCUUGACCAAGAGGAUUUGGCUGAGAAUGACAACCCUGAGUUACCUUGGUAUUAUCCAAUUACGGGAGAUGUUACUAAAUGCCAAAAUAUAUGGGAUUUUAUUACCGUCUUCCGUACCAGCAGUCUCGGUAAAUUUAUUACUCGUCAUAGCGUCAAACUUUUGGAAAAAAUAGGCAUGGCCAGCAAAGGUACUAGCGAGGUGAGCGAUACUCUUGCGAUUGCACAGGAAGGUCUUAUUGAGGGUGGUAAGAAGAAACUGUUUACUCCCAUGUAUUUAAUGAUCGUCUACACAAUACUCAAGUUAGAAGCUUAG